AUGAACACUGCUGGAUCUGUCGCUUACGGCUGGGGUGUCCUCGUAGUUGCUGCUGGAGUCAGCUUCUACUGGGCAAAGAAGGAGAUCGAUGGACGCCGUCGGGACGCACAGCUCAAGGGCACAAGAUCUCUAGAAAAACUCACUUGGGAAGAGCGUAUUGCAAAAGAUGAAGCAGCCAAAUCCAAAGUCGUUGAUGCGUUGAAACAGACAAAUGAUAAAACAGUAGGAGGAGCGCCGCCAUAG